AUGUUUGGCGACUACGAAGCCCAACGACAUUGGAUGGAGUUGACGAUACACCUACCCACUCGACAGUGGUAUACUUAUGACUUGCAAUACUGGGGUCUCGACUAUCCACCUUUGACUGCAUAUGCGUCAUGGCUCUGUGGUAUAGUUGGGUCAUGGAUAGAUCCCUCAUGGGUCGCUCUCGACGACUCGCGGGGCGUUGAGACCCCUGGCAGCAAAGUCUUCAUGCGCUCUAGCGUCCUUGCGUUGGACACCUUGAUAUAUGUCCCUGCACUCUUCAUGUUCACGAGGGUUUGGCAAGGCACCCGCUCGUCACGGACACAGAAUCUUGCUCUCCUGCUGCUGCUGUUCCAGCCCGCUCUUACCAUCAUCGAUUUCGGCCACUUUCAGUACAACUCUGUCAUGCUCGGAUUCACGCUGUUCUCUAUGAACUUCUUCGCGAUAGGACAAGAGCUCGUCGGCGCAGUAUUCUUCGUGCUCAGCCUAGGUUUCAAGCAAAUGGCUCUGUACUAUGCGCCCGCGAUCGGAACGUAUCUCCUCGCCAAAUGCCUGUAUCUCGGGCCUACCGAAGGCACCAAAUUGUUCAUUCGUUUAGGUAUCGUUACAAGCGCGUCGUUCGUUAUCCUCUUCCUCCCCUGGCUACCCCCCUUCGCUCCCCUCCGCGCCAUCCUCAAUCCCAUCACUCGCAUAUUCCCAUUCAACCGCGGUCUCUUCGAAGACAAGGUCGCAAACUUCUGGUGCGCGACCAACGUCGUCCUCAAAUGGAGACUAUGGGCCACGCAAAGCGUUUUAGUCAAGCUUUCGACGGCCCUGACUGCUCUAGGUUUCUUGCCUGCUGUUGCUACCCUCCUCUUCAGCGGGUAUAGGCUCCGCGUAUGGUCUACAACUGAGGCGCCCGCAGAAUCUGACAAGAAAGCUGACAAGAAAGACGAUGACAAGGCCCCUGUGACGCCUGCUACCCCCGCUGCCCCAACGCCAAUUUUGCCACUACUACCCUACGCCCUCCUCACGUCCUCGCUGUCCUUCUUCCUGUUCUCAUUCCAAGUGCAUGAGAAGACGAUCCUGGUUCCGCUUCUCCCUAUGACGCUGCUCCUGUCCGGCUCGUCGCCGGACGAGCAGACGUUCGAACUGGGCAUGCUAAUGAACAAUGUUGCUAUGUUCAGUAUGUGGCCGCUUCUCAAGCGUGACGGUCAAGGCAUCCAAUAUGUUGCCCUUCUUAUCCUCUGGAACAAACUGAUCGGUUACAACCCUUUCCGCGCCGCCCGCUCCUCUUACCUCAAGCUCCUUUCCUUAGCCGUCUACGCAGCAUGUUUCGCCGUUCAUCUCGCAGAACUCUUCAUCUCCCCUCCCGCCCGCCUUCCCGAUAUCUUCCCCGUCCUCAACGUCCUCGUUAGUACGCCCGUCUUCGCGCUCGUCUGGCUCUGGAGCAUCAAGCGCGGCGUCGAAGUCAGCUGGGCCAUCGGCGGUCUCGGAUCCCGCUCCAAGGCUCCUGCCUCGUCGCAUAAGAGGCCUCUUCCUGCAUCCGCGUCUUCCCUGCCGCUCCCCGCGGACAGGCAAUCGGAGCAGCACUGGUCUCCCGACGGAGCUACGGCGCUGCGGGCUGGGGGGUUGCGGACAAUGAGUCUGGGAUAUGCACAGGCGCGGCAGAGGAAGGCGCUUGGGCGCAGUGGGAGCGUCGAUAUCCAUUGA